CCAAGGAUUGCUUCCUGGUCACAGCUUAGGGGGUAAUGUCACCAAGAGCCUGAGCCCCAUCUUUACAUCAUUCGCACAUGCCUGUCUGUUGCUUCUUCAAGACCAGUAAAGUGAAUACCUUAAUACCAUCCUCACGAUUCACAACUAGCCACCAUGGUAAAUGAUCUACCCAUCCCUGUGGUCUGCUUCUUCAUCCUGCAGCAUUCUAACCAAUCAGGCCAGGGACUGAUUAUCAUCAUGAGCUGGAAAGUGGUCCCUACUCAGCAGAACUUGUGGUGCCUACUGUGUGGGGUGAGAGCCCGAUGCCAUAGCUUUAUUCCACCCUUCUCCUGGGUCCAUGGUUACACCUUGAUUUUACUUAGACAUCCAAGACCUGAGCCAACAACACUGAACCAUUCACCAAGCCAUCCACCAAGCAACAGGCCUUGGUGGACUUAUUAUGGCCUACUCAUCUUCUGGCAGGAGAGGAGCUAUGCAGCAUCCCUGAGGGCCCUUUUCCAGCAGAUGUUUUUCAGCACCUUUCUGAGCUAUCUGAACAGACUUCACAUUGUUGUGUACCAGAGCUCAUGGACCACAAGAGGCUUACAUCUCUUGGCCAGUGCCAGACUACGAUUGAAUUCCAUCUCCAUCAGGGUCAUCUUUGAUGCCCGCAUUACCAUCCAGAUCAGGCGAAGCACCCCUGCGAGAUAUCAUUUCUGGAGACUGGGCUCAUUCAUCUUGGAAUUCAUCAGUCUCCGCUUCUUGGCAGUUUACGUGAACAAUAGGAAAGGAGCCAGGUACUGCUGCACUGUCACCAUGGGACUCCCCUUGAACACCAGAUCCCAGCAUGGUACCAAGAGGAAGAGGAAGAGCCCCUCCUCCCCACCAUCACAGUCCCUUGCACAGCAAAUCAAAAAGACUUGUGUUACCAUCACCAUAUUCUGUAUCUUUGCAUCAGAUCAGAAAAUAAAGAGGCCCAAUGUGACACAGCUCAGAAAAUACACUUGUGGUCCUGUCAUUUCUUGA